AUGUUUACCCGGAGACGUUCCAGAGCUUUUCUGCUGGAGGCAGUUGACAGAGGAACAGAGUUUGUAGAAGUCUUGAAAACUGUCUAUCCCAAGGCAACUACUCUUCAUGAGAAGGACUUUGACUGGCUCUUUGACUGUCCUCAGACAGAACAAUUUCUGGAGUGGUUCUGCAACACAGUGGGAGAAGAGAAUGUACUGAAUCCUACAGAACUAGAGACCUAUGAGAAACUGAUAAUUUCUGGGAAGCCCAUCUUAGAAGGUGAAGCAUUGGAAGAAGUGUUGAGGACCUGUAGCCAAUCUUCUCAGCUGAACAGUGAGCUACAAGAGAAUGAAGCCCUGCCCCUCGAGUUACUUGAACAAGAGAUGCAGAUGCUGAAGAAUCAAUGUGCAUGUCGAAUAAUGCGAUGCAACAAGCUUCAGAUUCGUGUAGCCAGUUUGAAGCAGAAGCUCUGCCAUUUGACAGACAAAAAAGAGAGAUCAAACAGAGAACUGAAGAAGGUGCACCUAAAGCUUGAGCUAGAGAAUUUUCAAAGCAAUGAUAUCCUCAGUGAGGCUGGUCAGAUAACAGAGAAGCUAGCACACUGGCAUAAGGAACCUGGGUAUGAGCAACUAACUUUAUCAAGAGAUCUAGGGCACUACCUGGAAACAGAAGAAAAUUUCACAAAAGCUUUUUUGAGAUUUUUUCCAAAAGUUGUGGCAAGUAUUAUCAAUGAUAUGGAGACUGAUCAAACAACUUUUGCAAAAAAGGAGCAAAGAGACAUUACAGAACAGCUGAGUUCAGAAUCUAUAGCUAAACUAGUUCAGCAGCUACAGCUGGAAGACAAGAGUUUAGUUUAUGUUGAUAAUUCUGAUGAUCACAAAAUAACCUUGGAAGUUUUAAAGAACCAAAUUCUCUAUCAAGAGCAACUGCCCAGCAAGAAUAAGUCAGAUUUUAAACAGAAAGAGCUGCUAGAAAAAAUAGACCAACCGAAAGCAGAUAAUUUCAAGACUGAAGGCCUGCCUAUUCAGGAUUUCUGUCAAAAAGGGCUGAAGACACAGACAGAAUCUGGCCAAAUAGAACACCUUAAAGAUAAAAACAUGGGAAGAUAUAGGGAAGAACUGGGACAUAUGGAGUUAACAUACAUGUGGAGCAAAACAGUGAUAGUCAUGACUACUGCAAGAAUUAAGGGAAUUUCAUCCACCUUGCAAUGGGCAGGAAAGGUUCUGAAAGUCACUAAGGAGAACAAGGUGAAGGAAGAGAAGUGUGAAUUAAGUUUUCGUGUGGCUAAUUGCCAGGAACAGUUAUGCACUCUCCAAAGUGAAGUAAAUGGAAAGACCCAAUUGCUUGUGCCCUUGCUUCAAGGCAUUGCCCGCCUGCUUCGUUUGCCUAUAAUAAAUGGAGAACUUGACCUGGAAGCCAUGAGACUUGAAUAUCUUGAAUGUAUACAAGAAGAAGCUCUUGGCCAGAUACUGGGCCAGCUCAGCCACUUUGAGCUGCUGAGACUCUUGCUGAUGUUGAAGAAAAAGAAUCUGCAAUGGAUUGGAACCAAGUUGGAGGGACUGAUGAAUGUCCUGAAAAAAUCUCAGUCUAAAUUAGAGGAAUGGCAAUCCUGCUUUGAGGAUUCAAGAUUCUCCAUUAAGCAAUGCCCACGAACUCUGAUAGAUCCUAGUGAUCUCACUACCUUACGGUUGUGGGAGAUGUUGGACAAGCACAGUCAAGAGAAACAACUUUUUCGUUCAUAUGAGACUUUGGCAAGCAGGAGUUCACGAUUGUGCCAGGAACUCAGAAUGCUUCAAGUGCAGCUAGCCACACCAUUUCCUCAGUUUCUUAAACUAGAGUCUGAGAACAAGGCACUGUACUGUUUGAUAUAUGGUGACUCCAACCAGUUAAUGCUUCAUGCUCAGGAAUUGUCAGAACCUCUGGAGCAGCUUAGCAUCACACAGGCUAAACUCUAUCAAAUGCUAAUGGACACCCUGACUGACUUAAAGGCCAAACGCAAAGCUAUGCAGAGCCACUUUCAGAAGACUGAGCGAAACCUCUAUAUACACUUCUUCAACAACCCAGACCACCUGAAGAAGCUGGUACAAAAAGCUGAAAAGCAGACACUGGUAUCUUCAUGUGUGUAA